UAACCAAAACAAUGUGGGUGCUUCUCAUGUGGUGUGGUAGGAUGUCUUAAAAAGAAUAGGACAGUAAGAUGAGUAAUUUACUUUUUUUGAUUGCUUGAUCAGAUGGCCUUUGGACAAAUGCAUAACCAUAAAAGAUGGAUAAUUCAGAAUAUUGGUUAUUAGGGAGAAAGGUGAUAGAGAUCUCAUUUACGAUGAGCCACACAAUCUUUUCAAGAAAAUAAAGUUCUUAUGUGCUUUAUAUUAACUUGGUUUUUCUCUAAUGAUUUCUAUCUGUUUGUAUUGCAGGUUCUAAAAUAUAGUAAGCAUUGUAGAGUCUGUGACAAAUGCGUUGAUGGCUUUGAUCAUCAUUGCAGGUGGAUCAAUAACUGCAUAGGAAGAAAAAAUUACAAAAGGUUCUUCAUCCUCAUGGUGUUUGCUCUUCUCUUGCUUAUUCUGCAGUGGGCUGUUGGGAUGCUUGUGCUGAUACUGUGUUUUGUUGAGAGAAGGAGAUUUUCUGCUGAAAUUGUUUCAAAGCUGGGUAGUAGCUUUUCCUUGGCACCCUUUAUCAUUGUGGUGGCUGUGUGCACUUUAUUAGCCAUGGUUGCUACUCUUCCAGUUGCACAACUUUUCUUCUUCCAUAUUCUUUUAAUAAAAAAGGUACACUACUUUCAUAUUUCUACUUGUGACACAGCAAACACUACCAGUUACACAGCUCCUACAUUUAUAUAAAACAAACCUAUGUAUCCGGUC